ACAACAAAGGGAACCUUUAAUUUAAUUUUGCAUAUUCUCUCUGAUUCAUUCAUUUUAUGUGAACCAAACAAAUCACAAAAAAAGAAGCGUUUUUUUCUUUCUUUCACAUUAUUCAUCUUCAACCUUUCUCUCCUCAAUUCAAGAACCCUUCAAAAACCCUAGAUCGAAGGAAUUCGCCACCGUCUUAAUUGUCGGUGGCGGAAAUUCCUGUUCUCUGUUGCUGAAAUUUGAAUAUUUGGGAUUUUUUUUUAUUGGGAAUUGCUCCGAUUUCAAUUGCAGUUUCUAGGGUUUUUUUUGGGGGUUGGAAAUGGGAAGCAGAAAGGAAGAAGAGAAGAUUGAAAAAAUUAUUAGGGGUCUUAUGAAGCUUCCGCCAAAUCGAAGAUGUAUCAACUGUAAUAGUUUGGGACCUCAGUAUGUAUGUACAACAUUUUGGACCUUCGUUUGCAUUACUUGCAGUGGAAUACAUCGUGAGUUUACUCAUCGUGUGAAGUCUGUGUCAAUGUCAAAGUUCACUUUCCAAGAAGUUGAUGCUCUUCAAAAUGGUGGUAAUCAGCGUGCAAGGGAAAUAUAUUUGAAAAAUUGGGAUUUCCAAAUACAGCGGUUGCCAGAUAGCAGCAACGUUGGUAAAGUGAGGGAGUUCAUGAAGAAUGUAUAUGUGGAUAAAAGAUAUGCCGGAACAAUAUCGUCUGAAAGACCUCCAAGAGAUGCACAGAACCCCAUAAUUCAUGAAGACGAGGUUAGGCGUGCCAGUUCUUACCAUUCAUAUUCACAAAGCCCUCCAUAUGAUAAUCAAUAUGAGGAUCGACGGUAUGGGAAGCAAGCAGGGGCACUGACAAGGAAGCCUGGUUCAGAUAAAGUCCGUUAUGAAGGGAAGAUGUCUAGUAUUAUCUAUAGUCCUGGUCGUUUCAGUGAUCACACAUAUGAUGAUAGAUUUGCAAAUGAGGGAUCUGGUCCAAGAAAUUCCGACUUUUCCGUGUCGAGUGGUCAUGAGCAAUUCAAACCCAAUGUUCAGUCUCCUAAGUUUCAUAAGGACAUUGAGUUUAACAGUGCAUCUUAUAAGCGUCCUGGUUCUACUUCAAGUGAAGAUGUGUGGACUCAAGCAAAAAAUGCAGCUCUUGAAUCUAAUGCCGCUGCCAAGAGAGAUGCAGAUGGAAUUCAUCGUCCGCAGAGAACUACAUCAUUGCAAUCGACAGACAGCAACCUUUCGACCUUAAGAUCUUACAAUUCUGUUGGUUCAGUUGAUUUUUUCUCCGAAGCUGUCCAAUCUUCAGGGUCCUUUCAAGAUAAAGCAUUAGGAGUUUCGCUGACAUCUGGUCCUGUAAGAUCUGUUAGCUUUGACCGUUCUAAGGCACAAGUGGCAUCUGCUUCAUCUGUUGAUCUUUUUCAAACAGCUGCACCAUCUCAAUCUGCAUUGGGAGAUCUGUUUCAAUUGUCUGAUAUGGAAGCAGCUCCAUCUUUCAACGGAAAUCAACCUCUGCAAACAUCCCAAGUCGCAUCUGUUAACUUCUUUGUAGAUAUUCCUCAGCAGCCUUCUGCUGCCACCUCAGAUGCAAAAUCAGCGGAGUUAUCUGUCCCUAAAAAUGAAGGGUGGGCAACAUUUGAUACGCCUCAGUUCACAUCAUCUACUGCACAAGUGGAAGUUCCAGUGGCAGCAUUUAAUACACCUCAGUUCACAUCAUCUACUGCACAAGUGGAAAUUCCGGCAGCAGCAUUUGAUACACCUCAGUUCACAUCAUCUACUGCACAAGUGGAAAUUUCUGCAGCAGCAUUUGAUACACCUCAGUUCACAUCAUCUACUGCACAAGUGGAAUUUCCAGCAGCAGCAGCAGCACCUUCAAGUGCUGAAUCUUUGCAGGGUAGAUUUGAUCCAUUUUCAAAUGCAAAUAUGCAAUGGCCAUCUUUUGAAAUUUCUAGUGCGGGUGUACCUUCUUCUGUUACAUCGAAUGUAUGGCAUGAUGGUGUAUGGAAUGGAGAAAAACAAGUUCCUGUUAUGGCAACAAACACUCAACCAUGGAAUGCAUUUGAAGAUUCUGGUACCCAUCUUCCUGUGGAUGGCAAUAAUCAAGGUUUACAAUUGCACAAUUUCCCAUCAGAAAGUUUUGGUUUAAACGCUUCUGAGAGACCCAGUAAUGAUGGAAUCCAAGGUGUUGCUCCUAUCGGAGGAUUUGAUAAUCAUGAAUUCCUUUCAAAUGGAGACAUUCAACUUAAUGGAAUCAAUCGUAAAUCGACAAAUCCAUUUGAUUUUCCCUUCGAUUCUGAUGUAGAUCAGAGUGAUAUGUUCCUUGAUAUGAGCUCUUUGCAAGCUGCUCUGCCAGAUGCCCUCUUGCCUGCCGCAUUUGGUGGUAUCGCUGAACCCUGGCUCCCUCAAAAUACAGCGACUCCAUAUAUUUCCUCUGCAGGAGAAGGUGGUUUCUCAUUCAUGACAGUGCAAACGCCAAGCUCUCAAUUACAGAACAUCCAAGCACAGGAACCAGUUGCUUCAGUUGGGAGAAAUCCUUUUGCAUAGAAUAAAUAUAAAUGAUUGUUUCCAAAUAGAAAUUUAUGUCUAGCCAGUGUUAGGUACUAAACGAAGCAAUGUUGAUGUUUUUGAGAUCAAAAUGUAAAUCAUUGCUUCCAAUCGAGAAAGGCGUUGUUGCAAUUCACAGUCCCUAAUAUAUUCAUGCAAUGCAUUUGUAUUGUAAUACUGUAAUUGAACACAUAGUUAGAAUUCUUGAUAUUUAUUGACCUUCAUCAAAUUGAGUUUGAUAUUGAGACUA